GAAGGCGGUCGUGCGCAGGCGCGGGAAGGCUGACUGCAGUAUCUGCUUCGCGUUGAUCCCCCUGUGACUUCCCUCCCCUACCCGGGGCUCGCUUGGAAGCUACCGGGUGUUGUUGCUAUCAAAACCGCCGCGUCUGGUGGAGACUUUUUUUUAUUUUUGUUUGUCGGCCAGGGUCGCUGCGGCGUGUUCCUCAUGACGACCUGCCCUGUGUCCCCAGCAAGAGCCUCCUGGUUUCCCGUCCUUCCUACUUAGGCUUUGGAAACCUCCUUUGUUUGUGGGAAUACUCAUGCACCAGUGCAAGCAUUGCAAGCCUCCGCUUAGCCAGAAGGGUCCAGAAAUCCGGCUGGAGGCAGCGUCCCCAGAGCAGUGAAGGCUAGCUAGCAUGGCCUCUUCUUGGUCAAGCCGGAGCUAGCCUCACACCUGCUGUGCCCAGGUAGCGUCUCUAGGUCGAAAUGGAUCGGGAAACCUACGUAUGUGCCAGCAAGUUCUUUGGCAAACAGCAGGCAUCGCCGCUGCCCUAUGAGAGGUUUUACCAACCCCAUGCCAGUGUGGACUAUAUCAGGGCAGAAUCCUUCACUUACUUGGACUUUUUCAAAGGGUACCUGCUCCCGAAUUUCCCCUGCGUUUUCUCUUCUGCCUUCACCAAGAGCUGGGAAAGCAGGAAAUACUGGGUAACCCAGGAUGGGAAACCUAACUUCGAUCACCUUCUUUGGAAUUUUGGGGAUGCUGUAGUUCCUGUCGCAAACUGCAGCGUCCAGGAGUACAAUGCUAAUCCAAAAGAACAGAUCCCGCUGAGGGAUUACAUAAGCUACUGGAGAGAAUACAUCCAGGGUGACUACUCUUCUGCCAAGGGUUGUCUCUACCUCAAGGACUGGCAUCUGUGUAGGACUUUCCCAGAUCACCACGUAUACACCACGCCUGUGUAUUUCUCAUCUGAUUGGCUGAACGAGUACUGGGAUGAACUGGCAGUGGAUGAUUAUCGUUUUGUUUACAUGGGGCCAAAAGGAUCAUGCUGGUCUGUCAACAUCUGUGGAAGGAAGAGAUGGCUGCUCUACCCCCCUGGGCAAGAAGAGAAUCUGCGGGACUGCCACGGGAACCUGCCCUACGAUGUGACUUCCUCCGCCCUCCUUGACAUCAAAGUGUACCCCAAAUACCCCAGAUGCUGCCCCGCUAUCGACAUCGUCCAGGAAGCUGGGGAGAUGAUCUUUGUCCCCAGCGGAUGGCACCAUCAGGUGUACAAUCUGGAUGAUACCAUCUCCAUUAAUCACAACUGGAUGAAUGGCUGCAAUGUAGCUACCAUGUGGCACUUCCUCCAGGCCGAGCUGGGUGCUGUGCAACAGGAAAUAUAUGAGUGGAGGGAUACUAUGGAAGACUGGCAUCAGCACUGCCAGGUGAUCAUGAAAUCAUGCACUGGAAUUGACUACAGAGAGUUUUAUAACUUCCUCAAAAUCAUAGCAGAAAAGAGAAUUUCUCUCCUAGAAAAAGCUCCUGAGACCAAACCCUUGGGAAAUGUUUGUAGUGACAGCCCUGGGCUGGGCCCUUACCACGCAGCUUUUGAUUUAAGUAGAAUCGCUGAUGUGUUAGCAUCCUUGAUCACAAACCCAGAUUUCCAGAGACUAGAGACUGAUGAACUUUCCCCACCCCCAGAGGACCUAUUCAACCACCUGAAAGAAAUAAUAAAUGCUGCUUCUCUCUAGUUAUGCUUUUUAA